AUGCAGCUGUUAAUUCUGCUUUUUGUGCAGCAGUUAUUUGCUGCCGACGGCUACAGUGCCUUCAGCGACAGAGAUGAGCUGCGAAACACCCUGCUUGAUUGGGAGAACAAUCCAGGCAACCGACCCGCCAUCGAGAGCACUUAUGGACCAAUCGAAGAUUGGGAUGUUUCCAAAGUUACCAGCUUUUUCGCCCUGUUCCAAGGCCUGAACACCUUCAAUGAAGAGGUCGGAAACUGGGAGACAUCCCAGGUGACAGAUAUGUCCUUCACGUUCAGCGGCGCCAGAGCCUUCAACAAAGAUAUUGGCUCAUGGGUGACGUCCCAGGUGACCACAAUGUCAAACACGUUUGCCAAUGCCUUCGCCUUCAACAAGGAUCUUGGGUCAUGGGACACAUCCCAGGUGAUCGAUAUGGUCAAUAUGUUCAACGGCGCCCGAGGCUUCAACGGGAACAUUAGGUCUUGGGAUGUAUCCCGCGUGACCAGCAUGCGAACCAUGUUCAGAGACACAGUGGCCUUCAACCAACCCAUUGGAGAAUGGGCUACAUCCCAGGUGACCGACAUGCGCGGCACCUUCCAAAGAGCUACAGCUUUCAACAACCCUCUGAAUUCCUGGGAUGUAUCCAAUGUGGGAGAUUUCGUCAACAUGUUCGACGGAGCCACACUCUUCAACCAGUGCCUGGACUCCUGGGCAGCCCAGAUUGAUAUCACGUCCAGCAACGAUAUGUUUGCGGGCACCUCAUGUCCUGAUGAAAACUGCGCUGUUUGCCCACAUGACGACUCGCGUCUGUGGUGCGAAGACUUGGAUGCCUUGGACUAUGCGUUGUUGGACAAGAAGGGCAAGUUGGCUACGCGGCAAUGCCUCCUGCACUCGCUGAUAGAGGACUACAAGUUCUCAGGAAAGCUUCCUUCUUGGAGCCGGGCGACGAAGGCUGGGCUGACCAGCAUCCUGUGCUUCAUCAUGGUCUUACUGGUCAUAGCCGCAGCUGCCUGGCGAAUCCGUAGGCAACGGUCUCGGGUCUAUGAAGCGCUGUAA